UAUGGAAAAUUUAGUAAAAGAUAAGCAUAAUGAAGUAAAGUACUUCUGUUCUACUUGUAACGAAGCAAACAAGACCUUCCUGUUUGACAUGAAGGAGAUCAACCAGCAUGAUUCUCAUGACUAUUACGUGCUACAGAAACCAGAAAGAUCUCUUAGAGAGAUGGCUGAUAAGAUAAAUAGUUUCAAAUAAAAUAUAUGAUAGCAAAAUCGAUAGCUUGACUGUUAACCACACAAUAGUAUAUGACAAACUUCUCGAAGAAGCAAGGAUUAUCAAAAACAACUUCGAAUCCAGACUGAGACACUUUUUAAGGUCUAUGGAUAAGGUGAUAUAUGAUUUAGUCUCGGAAUUAUAAAAGAAGAAUUCCUUUGCUCCACAAGUGAAACUCAGAAGUCACUCAAGAAUAGCUUUAUGGGGAUAAUAGAAUCCCAUACAUUUGAAUCUGGAAAAGAUAGUGAUACCAAACUUAGGAAUGCAAACAAGAUGCUUAAUGAAAUCAACCAAUUACAGCAUUUUCACUACACUAUUGACGAGACUGCCAACAAAAUUGAGAAGGAAUUUGAAACCAUUAAGGAAAUCAUGGAACAGAAAAUAUACACUGCUUAUGGCAAUGCAUUCCAAAGCUCUGAUUUAUUUUCCCAGUUUAUCAUUGUUGAUAACAGUGCUGCAAGUCAUGGAAAAGGCCCGAAGAAGGUCAGGAAGUAUUCUAGGAGAAGCGAUAAUCAAUUUCCAGUAUAUAAAGAAGAAAACACACAGAAUGGGGCCUUAGUUGAUAACAAAAGUGAAUCCUCUGUAUUCCAGUUUAUCCCAAAGCACAAGAAAGAUGACAAUGAGAUAAUAAUUCUCGAUGACGAUGAGUCUAUUAUUGAUCUGAACAUUAAGAGAAUCAAUCGGCUGCCUAUAAACCCGCAUUUUAAGCGAGAAUAA